UGAGAUGCUUCUUGCACUGAUGGAUGAGGCAUACACUGGUUCUGCAAUAGAAGAUUCUAGGGGUAAUUCAGGUUCUGAUGAUAGUAGUCCCCUAGACCUCGCUGACCCAAUGUUCCUAGACCUUCUAAAAGAUGAGAAUGAUGGUAUUGCCGCAAAACAUUGGAUAUCUCCUACAAUAUCUUCGACAUUACAGGUGGCAGUUAACAGUCCACAAUCGGACAGAUUAAAACAGUCACUGGAAAUGGCACCUCGCUUUCUUUCUUUGUAUUUUGCAAUUGCAUUACGGGACGUUAAUGACUCGCUGUUGUGUGCUCUUAUUCCAGUAGUUAUGUCAAGAUAUGCUGCAAUGUUCCCAGACAAGGUUUUCUCAUUCGAGGUCAGGAAAAGACUGUCGGAUUUCAUAUUGGCUGCCUUCCAGCGGUCUCCUGACAUCAUUGCAGUACCAAAGAAGCCUAUUACUGACAGACUUGGUGAAGCUCAUGAUUACUUACACAGGUGCAUACACGUGAAAUGAUUACUUACACAGAAAUAGUAAACAAUG